GCCGGCCAGCAGGUGCCCGCGCGCCCCGCCCCCGCCGAGGCCACGGCCCCGCGAGCAGCCCGCCCGCGGCCGCACAGGAAGUGGGCGGGACGGGGAGGAGCCGAGGCCGGGCGCCCGCACGCUGGCCGCGCCGCCGCCGCGCGCCGCUCCUCCGCCCGGCGCAGGUGAGCUCGGCAGGACCUGCGGCCACCCAGCAUGUCCCAGCGGCACUCAGACGGCUCCUUGGAGGAGAAGCUACUGGAACACCGCUUCCACUCGGAGCUGCAGCUGGACGCCAACGGCAACCCCGCCUCCAGGCUCCCCAUAGUCCGGGGCUCCCUGAGGUCCAGGGUCAAUGCCGCCUUCGAGCCUGAGGCCUCGUCACCCCCAGGGGACAAGGAACCCCGGAACAUCGUCCUAAGCACACAGAGCCCUGCAGCCCUCAAGAUGGGCACCCAGCAGAUGAUCCCCAGGAACUUGGCCGUGGCCAGCAAGGCCAAGACCCCGGCCCGUCACCAGAGCUUCGGGGCAGCAGUACUCAGCAAGGAGGCCUCCCGGAGGGAUCCCCAGCUCUUCUCAGCCCCCAACUUUUCCUUGGAUGACAUGGACAUGGACACAGGCUCUGGGGCACUGCUGAAGCGAAACCUGCGAAACCGAUCCUACCGGGCGGCCAUGCAGGGCCCGGAGAUGCCCCGCAGCAAGGGGGAGCCCCUGCUGCUCAGCCCCAAGCUCCAGGCUCUGUCCGAGGAGUCCAGCCAGCCUCCUGCCCGGUGCCCAGCCAAAAAUAAGAGGACUCUGGGACGGAAACGUGCACACAAGGGCUCCUUCAAGGAUGACCCCGGGUUCUACCAGGAGAUCCGGGAGCGGGGCCUGAACACCAACCACGAGUCUGACGAGGAUCUGCUGGAUGAGCCCUCCAGCCCCGAGGGGACACAGAAGGUGGACGCCACCAUUGUGGUCAAGAGUUACCGACCUGCCCAGGUCACCUGGAGCCAGCUCCCAGAGGUGGUGGAGUCGGGCCUGCUGGACAGGCUGUCCACGGAGGAGCGCAAAAGGCAGGAGGCCAUCUUCGAGAUCCUCACCUCCGAGUUCUCCUACCUGCACAGCCUGGGUGUCCUGGUGGCAGAGUUCCUGCAGUCCUCGGAGCUGCGGGCCACCAUGACCCAGACGGAGCACCACCACCUCUUCUCCAACAUCCUGGACGUGCUGGGCGCCAGUCAGAAGUUCUUCGAGGCCCUGGAGCAGCGGCACAAGGCGCAGGUGUGCGUGGAGGACAUCAGUGACAUCCUGGAAGAGCACGCAGAGCAGCACUUCCACCCCUACGUGGCCUACUGCUCCAACGAGGUCUACCAGCAGCGCACCCUGCAGAGGCUGACAAGCAGCAACGCCGCCUUCCGCGCGGUCCUGCGGGAGAUCGAGAAGCAGCCGGCCUGCGGGGGUCUGCCCAUGAUCUCCUUCCUCAUCCUCCCCAUGCAGCGGGUGACCCGGCUGCCGCUCCUGACGGACACACUCUGCCUCAAGACCCAAGGCCACCCUGAAAGGUACAAGGCGGCCAGCCGUGCACUGAAGGCCAUCAGCAAGCUGGUGAGGAAGUGCAAUGAGGGGGCCCACACCAUGGAGCGUACGGAGCAGAUGUACACGCUGCACACGCAGCUGGACUUCAGCAAGGUCAAGUCCCUCCCCCUGAUCUCCGCCUCCCGCUGGCUACUGAAGCGUGGGGAGCUCUUCCUGCUGGAGGAAACUGGGCUUUUCAGGAAAAUCGCCAGCCGGCCAACCUGCUACCUGUUCCUGUUCAGUGAUGUCCUGGUUGUCACCAAGAAGAGGAGCGAGGACAGCUACGUGGUCCAGGAUUAUGCCCAAUUGGACCACAUCCAGGUCAGGAAGCUGGAGCCCUCGGAGCCUUCUCUCCCCGGGGGCGGCAACCGCAGCUCCUCCGUGCCACACCCCUUCCAGGUGACCCUGCUGCGUAACAGUGAGGGGCGCCAGGAGCAGAUCCUACUGUCCUCAGACUCCGCAAGUGACCGGGCCCGGUGGAUCACAGCGCUUACCUACAAGGAGAAGCAGUGGAAGGGCCUUACCAACAAAGGAGAGCUGCCCCAGGUGGAGGUCACCAAGGCCUACUUCGCAAAGGAGGCGGACGAGAUCACCCUGCAGCAGGCGGACGUGGUCCUCGUCAUGGAGGAGGAGGCGGGGUGGCUCUAUGGAGAGAGGCUGCGGGACGGAGAGACGGGCUGGUUCCCCGAGGACCUUGCCCGCUGCAUCACCAGCCGUGUGGCCGUGGAGGGCAACGUGCGCAGGAUGGAGCGGCUACGGGUGGAGACCGACGUGUAGGCGGCAGCCGGUGACUGGAGAGCCAGCCCGUGGCAUCUCAGCCCCAGCUAGAAAGCAGCCCUGCAGGUGCACAGUGGGAUGUCCCAAGGGCCCCACAGUCCCCAGCUGGGGACACUGCCAAAGGAAGAGCACACCUUCCAAGGACAAGUCCUGGAGGCAGACUCAGGGGCCGCGUGCCAGCCUGAGCCCGGCCCCUGGCCACCAUGCCUCCCACCUGCUGGGCACCCGUGGCCGGCCACACCCAGGCUCAGUGAUAAAGGAUGGCCACAGCCCUCAGUGGGGGUGACUGAGGGCCACCGCCCGCCCACACCCUCCUGUCCCCUGGUGAGACAGAAAGGCCCUGAGUACCCAGGGGCGCCCUGUUCUGACAGGAGGGCUGCCAGCAGGAGGUGACCUACAGGGCCAGCAAGGAUAUUGUGACUAAGAUUUUAAAUGACAUUAAAGUUUUUCUUUAGAACUUCCA